CAACACACAUGCACACAUCGAAUUCAAGAUAGACAUACAACAAACAAAAUAAGAACAUAACAAAUGGACUUCAGGAAUUGCCACCCUCCCCACAGCAAUGAGCUACUCACUCACAAGGCUGCUAGAGAAGCAACAGAUGAGUUGGCUACCCUCCUAAAAGUAGUCUACUAUAUAGAGCAACAGGACCAACAGCCAAUUACUGGCUCUCUGGGACACGGCACUGCAGUUCCUGGAGACUUUGAUCUGGACAUGGUCAUCUACUCAAGAGACCUAGAUCCACACAAAGUUCUUGAGCAAGGCUAUGACCACUGGCUAGAGAAGCUUGAGAAAUUCUUGAAAAGAAGCAGCGAUGUGCAAUUUAAGAAUAGGACACCUCACUCUGUCAGGUUUUGGUACAAGGACCUCAUUGACGUGGACAUGCUGGUGACCCCUUGGUGGGACAGCGUCUCCCAGCUGAGCCUGUUCUUGGACAAGAUCCCGGUUGAAAAGCGCUUUCGGUUCUCAAUAGGAGCCUCAAAAUGGCAGGUGCAGUUUAUGCAGAAGCAAGACAAUGAGGUUAAAGUGCUUAUUCAGUGUGCUAAGGCAUGGAGAAACAAACAAUGGCCGAACGUUUACCCAGUACAGAAGAAGCCAAAGUCUUACUUUCUUUCUUUGCUCGUUUUGAAAGCUUAUCAGCUUGCAAAGAACAAAUUUGGAAAUCUAAACCUUUCGAUCUCACAUGAGCUUAAAGAUCUUGUCCUUAGAGAAGAUCAACAAGAUAUUCACUGGGAUGACUACUACAUUGUGGGAGCUGGAGGAACUGAUAACACGAUUCUACAUGACACCCCAAAAACCCCUUGCCUCCUGGACCCAGCCAACCCAGCCAACAACCUGUUUGACACCGGGUUCUACACUACACGUACUGGUGAUAGGUCACAUGAUGAGGAGGAGGGGAACUGGUCUGAGAUAAAGAGGAAGAUUGAGACCAUUGACCUUACUGUGGACAUAUAAAGUAUUAUAACUCAUUAUCAACUCUUUAGCUAUAAAAAUUAUCGUUGAGAAUUUCUAAAAACCACUAGAUCUACUUGCAUGACUGUGAGAUCAGGUAUAAUAAUGUACUUUUAACUGGCUAGCUGGGGAACUGUUGUAUGAGUUGUUUAUAUUAUACUCAGUUUAUCCAAGCAGUCUAUAUUCCCAUGCAAAAAAACAACAACUCAUUUACAGUGAAAAGUCAGAGUUCAGAGAAAAUGAAAUUCAUGAGUACACAUUAAUGGUA